GAAUAAAUUAACAAUCUUCGCACUUGUGAUGAUCCUGGCCUUUGCCUCGGCUAUGAGAUUCCAAAUUAGGCAAGGAAACGGACAAGGAAAUGGACCAGGAAAUGGACAAGGAAAUGCUUUUGGACUUGCAAAUGGUAAUGGACAAGGAAAUGGAUUUGGAUUAGCAAACAAUGCUGCCCCAUCCGACGAUGCUACCCCAGCUGAUGACACAGCUACUCCACCAGCUGACGAUACUGCUGCUCCUCCAGCUGAUGAUACUGCAACUCCACCUGCAGAUGAUACUACUGCUCCUCCAGCUGACGAUACUGCUACCCCACCAGCCGACGAUACCGCAGCUCCUCCAGCUGACGAUACCGCAGCUCCUCCAGCUGACGAUACCGCAGCUCCUCCAGCUGAUGACACCACAGCUCCUCCUGCCGACGAUACCGCAGCUCCUCCUGCUGAUGACACCGCAGCCCCUCCAGCUGAUGACACCGCUGCACCACCAGCCGAUGACACUGCAGCUCCUCCAGCAGAUGAUGCUGGUGAUGAUGCUGAAGCAGAAGAUCCAUGCCUUAUUAAUGACAACACUAUCAGCGGUAGCUACAAUGUAUUCUGCCUCUAUGAAGAUGGAUCAUCCUAUGAAUACAACUGGACUGAUUACGGAGACAACAUCUUCUAUGAUGAAGAAUGCCAAGUAGAUACUUUAGGAGAGGAAUGCUGCAACACCAACUACUACUUCGCUGAUGAUGUCGAUCCAAUCUGGACCGUAGAGAACACCUGCACUGACCUCACAAUGAGAGAUGACUUCAGCACCCCAUUGGCUUCCCAGGUAGAAUAAAUGACCAAGCUGAGCACAUGGAUACAGUUCUUUAGCUAAGAGAGAACUUAAUCUAAUAAAUUGC